CCCUGGGUUGGCAUGAAUGGAAGACGGCCGGGGCUGCCUCUCCUCAACCCCCUUGCUAAGAGCCUCCCUCUCACUCUACUGAGGCCCAGUUAAUUAUAACUCUGACCUAAGUGCCCUGUGACGCCACACCCGGGCCAGCGCUGCCCAGGAGACCCAGCAACCAGGUCCAUGGUUCAGCCAUGCUCCCUGUGGAGGUACCCCUGUCCCACCUGGGCCCCCCAAUACUGCUUCUGCUUCAGCUGCUGUUGCCCCCAAUAUCUGCCUUCUUCCCCAACAUCUGGAGCCUUCUAGCUGCCCCUGGCUCUGUCACUCACCAAGACCUGACUGAGGAGGCUGCACUCAAUGUCACCCUUGUGCUCUUUCUGGAGCAGCCACACCCAGGCCGACCACGCCUCCGUGUAGAGGACUACGGGGGCCGGACCCUCCUUGCGGAUGACAUCUUUGCUGCCUACUUUGGACCUGGGUUUUCUUCCCGGCGUUUCAGAGCAGCUUUAGGAGAGGUGUCUCGUGCCAAUGCAGCCCAAGACUUCCUGCCAGCUUCCAAGAGCAAUCCCGACCUGCACUUCGAUGCUGAACGGCUGGUCCAGGGGCGCACUCAGCUGGUGGGGGCCCUUCGGGAAACCCUGGUGGCUGCCAGAGCCCUUGAAUAUACAUUGGCCCGCCAGCGCCUAGGGGCUGCACUUCAUGCCCUGCAGGAUUUCUAUAGCCACAGCAACUGGGUGGAGCUGGGGGAGCGGCAGCCACACCCUCACCUCCUCUGGCCAAGGCGGGAGCUCUGGAGCCUGGCACAAGUGGGCGAUCCUACCUGCUCUGACUGUGAGGGGCUGAGCUGCCCAGAGAAUAUGCUGGACUCGACACUGCUCACCUCUGGCUACUUCGGAAUGCAUCCCCCCAAACCACCAGGGAAAUGUAGCCAUGGGGGCCAUUUUGACCAGAGCAGCUCCCAGCCACCCCGGGGAGGCAUCAACAAAGACAGCACAUCCCCAAGUUUCUCCCCACACCACGAGCUGCACCUCCAGGCUGCAGAAGUGGCACUCCUGGCCUCCAUCGAGGCCUUCAGCCUCCUGAGAAGCCGCCUGGGAGACAAGGCUUUCUCCAGGCUGCUGGACAUCACCCCAGCCUCCAGCCUGAGCUUUGUCCUGGACACCACAGGCAGCAUGGGCGAGGAAAUCAACGCGGCCAAGAUCCAGGCUCGCAGCAUCGUGGAGCAGCGGCAAGGCAGCCCCAUGGAGCCUGUUUUCUAUAUCUUGGUGCCCUUCCACGACCCAGGGUUUGGCCCCGUCUUUACAACCAGCGACCCAGACAGCUUCUGGCAGAAACUCAACGAGAUCCACGCCUUAGGGGGUGGAGAUGAGCCUGAGAUGUGCCUGUCUGCCCUGGAGCUAGCCCUGCUGCAUACCCCUCCCCUCUCUGACAUCUUCGUAUUCACUGACGCCUCACCCAAGGAUGCUCUUCUUACCAACCGGGUGGAAUCCCUGACUCGGGAGAGGCGCUGCCGGGUGACAUUCCUAGUAACAGAAGACCCAUCGAGGACUGGGGGUCGACGACGACGACGAGAGGCCUUGUCUCCUCUGCGUUUUGAACCAUAUGAAGCAAUAGCCCGGGCAUCAGGCGGAGAGGUGAUCUUCACCAAAGACCAGCACAUCCAGGAUGUGGCUGCCAUUGUUGGGGAGAGCCUGGCUGGUCUGGUGACCCUUCCCCUGGAGCCUCCUGUCUUCACCCCUGGGGAGCCGUGUGUGUUUGCUGUGGACAGUCUGCUCUGGCAGGUCACAGUCCGGUUGCACGGGGACAUCAGUAGCUUCUGGAUCAAGAGCCCUGCAGGGGUGUCCCAGGGCCCAGAGGAGGGCAUAGGUCCUCUGGGCCACACUCGUCGCUUUGGGCAGUUCUGGACGGUGACCAUGACUGACCCUCCUCAGACAGGGACUUGGGAGAUCCAGGUAGCAGCUGCGGGACCCCCCCGGGUGAGAGUACAAGCCCACACCUCUCUGGACUUCCUCUUUCAUUUCGGGAUCUCUAUGGAGGAUGGACCCCACCCUGGCCUCUACCCCCUGACUCAGCCAGUUGCAGGUCUCCAGACCCAGCUGCUGGUAGAAGUGACAGGGCUCACCUCUAGACAGAAGCUUGUGGGUGGCCAGCCACAGUUUUCCCAUGUUGUCCUUCGAAGGAUCCCGGAGGGCACUCAUUUGGGCCGGGUGUCCUUGGAGCCCGUGGGACCCCCUGAGCGAGGCCUCCUUGCUGCCUCGCUACCGCCCACACUGCUGUCAGUCUCUGCACCCUUCUCCCUGGAGCUGGUCGGCCAGGAUGGAGGGGGAGAGAGCCUGCGGAGGACUGCACCCCAGCCUUGCAGUGUGGCCCCCGUGCUUCUGGAGCUGAGUGGCCCUCCAGAUUUCUUGACCCCCGGCAGCAAGGCCCCUCUCAGCCUCCACAUCGCUAGCUUCUCUGGCCCCCAAAAUCUUGAUCUUAAGACAUCGGUGAACCCUGGCUUCUCCCUCACCUCCAACCUCUCCAGGGCUCACCUGGGACCGAAUGAGUCUGCCUGGGGACGCCUGUGGCUAGAGGUCCCAGAUUCAGCAGCCCCUGACAGUGUGGUGACAGUGACUGUGACUGCAGCAGGUCAGGAAGGCAGCCAGGUGCCCCCAACCCAUGCCUUCCUCCGGCUGCUGGUGCUGGCCCAGUCCUCGAAGGACCAGCUGGACACCCCGGCCCACGCCCCGGCCCACGCCCCGGCCCACGCCCCUGCCCACUCUGCUGCCCCUGUGCUGCCCCCAGCCAGCCCUAACUUGCUUCCUUCCACUUUGGUGACGCAGGGCAGAGCUGGGGGAGGGGUGGCGGGCAAAGCCUGGUGGGGAACAGUUGGAGGGGUGCUGUUUCUGCUAGGCUGCACUUCCUGGUAACACAGGGACAGGACAUCAGGCCCCAUUUUCAGUCUGUCCUAUGGGUGGGAUGGACACAAGGAUUCAGGGCCCUACCCUGCCUACCUGGUUUGGGGAUUUUUCUUCCAUCACAUUUGUCCCUCCCUUUCUUUCUUUCUCUCUUUCUUUCUUUCUUUCUAGAUUUAUUUAUUAUAUCUGAGU